UAGGGGUUCCUUGCUGUUGUUCUUGGUUGAAUCUUGUCUUCUUCGAGGUUCUUGCUUUUCGUUUAAGAGAAUAAAGUUUCUUACGAUGGAACUGUGAACUAGUAUAUUAAUCUGCAUGUGGCUGUGAUUUAUUCAUUAUAUUAAUUUGUAAGUAAAACUUACAAAUUAGGUUUUUGCCUCCAAACUGGGUUGGCUGACUGGCUGUAGUGUUUACAUACUAAUGCUUUCAUUGAGAUUAGUAUCGUGAAAAUGAACAUGAGUUCUAUGAUUAGUAUACUAAUCAUAGUAUUUCUGUAGAUUUGUUAUUCUAUCCAUUUCUGCUAUAUUAUUCCUAAAAAGCUCAGCAAAAAAACAAUGAUUUUGAUAUCUUUCUUUUUAGUUGGGUUAUAGUAUUACAUUUGUUGUUAGAUUCUCCAUUUAAGAAAUGAGUGAAUAGUGUUGGUAGCAAAUGUCCUAUAGGUUAUGAUGUUUUUCUUUUGUGCUAAGAGUGUAGUACUUUUUAAUGUGUUUGAUUCUGCACACGAGAUUCUCUAUUGGCAGAUUGUCGGAAACUUAGAAAGUUUGAUCAAAUUUUGAUAUAUGCCGCAACUCUAAAAUAGCUAGAAAAAACAUUAAAUACUAUGAUUUGUUAGCAGUUAGUUAUCAUACGAGUCACCUAUGUGUAAUAUAUUGUUGAUAUUUUUUAAAGAAUGUGUGGAAUUGAAUUUAUAAAUUAUUGGAUGGAAAAGUACUAAUAUCAAUGAGCACAAAAAAUCCAAACUACUAUCAAUUUUGGAUAUAGAAUAUUCAUAUUAUCAGCACUUGCCCCCGGAGACGUUCAUAUUAAAAGUUGAAUUUAUACUAGUAUUAUCAAUCAAUAGGUGGAUGGUUAUAGCUUGAGGGCUUGUUUAGUUUCCUAGUUUUGUCUAUUAAAAAAUUCUUAUGCAUUUAGGCUCAAAAUAUAAUUGUAAAACGUACAUAAUCUCUUGGUUCCAGUUUCGUUUCAAAAUCGAUUUUUUCAAUGAUUUUUUUUCCUUCUGAUUUUCCAUGAUAUUUCCUGGUUGUAAUAAUUUCAAUAAUUUACACCAAUUAAGACGAAAGAAAUAAAACAUGUGACUUUCAUUGGAGUAUAUUAAACAGAAAUGUAAAAGUAAAAAUAGUAAAAGGAAGAAGAAUAGUAAAAGCGAAAAUAGAGGGAAUUUUGAAGAUCUGCGUGGCCCACAACACGCCAACCUCCACCGUAGAUCCAAACUGUUUUGAUCCAACGCUACACAUUUCUCCAUUCUCUUCAUAUAACUCCCUCUUCAACGAACCAUGGUUUCAUCUCCCUCUCUCUCUACAACUACUGCGUUCCGGAAGUAUUAGAACUAGUGUAAGAUGGCAGAAGCAGAGGAUAUUCAGCCCCUCGUCUGUGACAAUGGAACUGGAAUGGUUAAGGCUGGAUUUGCUGGAGAUGAUGCUCCACGAGCUGUGUUUCCUAGCAUCGUUGGUCGCCCCCGACAUACUGGCGUGAUGGUGGGCAUGGGCCAGAAAGAUGCAUAUGUUGGUGACGAAGCUCAGUCGAAGAGAGGUAUUCUGACUCUUAAGUACCCCAUUGAGCAUGGUAUCGUCAACAAUUGGGACGACAUGGAGAAGAUCUGGCAUCACACGUUCUAUAACGAGCUUCGUGUUGCCCCUGAGGAGCACCCUAUUCUCCUGACUGAGGCUCCACUCAACCCCAAGGCUAACAGAGAGAAGAUGACUCAGAUCAUGUUCGAGACAUUCAACGCCCCUGCUAUGUAUGUCGCCAUUCAGGCCGUCCUGUCUCUGUAUGCCAGUGGUCGUACGACUGGUAUUGUGCUGGAUUCUGGUGAUGGUGUGAGCCACACUGUCCCCAUCUAUGAGGGGUACUCACUGCCACACGCCAUCCUUCGUAUCGACUUGGCUGGGCGCGACCUCACUGACUACCUGAUGAAGAUUCUCACUGAGCGUGGCUACUCUUUCACCACCUCAGCAGAGCGGGAAAUUGUGAGGGACAUGAAGGAGAAGCUGUCCUACAUCGCCCUGGACUACGAGCAGGAGCUCGAGACUGCAAAGACCAGCUCCUCUGUGGAGAAGAGCUACGAGUUGCCUGACGGGCAGGUGAUCACCAUUGGCAACGAGCGUUUCAGGUGCCCUGAGGUCCUCUUCCAGCCCGCGAUGAUAGGUAUGGAAGCUGCUGGUGUCCACGAGACCACGUACAACUCCAUCAUGAAGUGCGACGUGGAUAUCAGGAAGGACUUGUAUGGCAACAUUGUGCUCAGUGGUGGCACUACCAUGUUCACUGGCAUUGCUGACAGAAUGAGCAAGGAAAUCACUGCCCUCGCCCCGAGCAGCAUGAAGAUCAAGGUCGUCGCGCCUCCUGAGAGGAAAUACAGUGUCUGGAUUGGAGGCUCCAUCUUGGCAUCCCUCAGCACUUUCCAACAGAUGUGGAUCGCGAAGGCUGAAUAUGAUGAGUCUGGCCCAUCUAUUGUGCAUAGGAAGUGCUUCUAAACAUAUGGAUGCAAGCGGCUGGAAGCGCAGGUCGUAGCAUACUAGUUGUAGCUUUGUUAUUUCUAUAUUUGCUGAUUCUGAUAUUGAAUCGAUGAACUUCAAAAGCUAGGAUUUUGUUUCUUGAUAAUGUUCUUAUUAUCCCCAAAUUUCAUUUGUUGUGAAGUUCCUGGACAUAGUUUCCUUGUACUUCAAUUCUUUUCUUAUAUUGAAUUACAUAUUCUAAUACUAAUGCA